CUUAAUUUAUUCUGCCAUCUGCCAACUCUGCCAUCUCCCCCCUGCCGAACUCUUACCAAUAUUGCUAGUCAACAAGGUGGAGCUUCUCCUCGAUCGUCCAUGGCGUUCAUCAAACUAAAUCUCAACGUAGACGUCAACAGUUGCCUGAGCGGGCUCAAGGCGACGCUGCGGCUGGGCAGGCCAAAAUCUGGCAUCGAGAAGUUGAAAAAGGAGAUAAAAAAUUUGAGAGACAAAAGGGAUGACAUCAAGAACCGGAUCGACCAGGCCGAGCUCGAGGGGAAAAUUCCGACCAACCAAGUGAGCCAGUGGCUACUGGACGUGGAGACGUUGGAAAGCCAAGUGGCUGCUAUCGAGCAGGAUUUCCAAAGCACCAGUUGCUUCAGUUGCCAUUGCUUCAAUCAAACUCAAACUCAAACUGGUGGCACGAGUCAAACACAGCAAGCAGGAGAUCAGGUUCCUAUGAGAGAGUCAUCAAACUGCUGCUCCAUCAUCCUAAGAGUGGCCAAGAAGCUCGGCGAGGUUAAAGAAUUGAUGGACCGAGCUGAUAGACUGGAUCCGGUUGCCACAGUUAGGCCUUCGGAACCCACCGUGAUGAUCCCCAUCUCACACCGAUCGCCCGUUGGGAUCGAGUCGUAUGAGGAGGACAUUGUGGGCUACGUCGAUGGUGGAAAAGGCGACAUCAUAGGCAUCUACGGAAUGGGCGGUGUCGGUAAGACCACCAUGUUGACGAGGAUCCAGCAACACUAUCUUCUCAAGCAUACCAUAUUUGAUCGUGUGAUUUGGGUUGUGGCCUCCAAAGACUGCCAAUUGAAAAGGCUCCAGAUGGAUAUUGCUAAGAGUCUAGGACUGAAGACACUGCAGGAGAGUGACGAUGAACGAACCUGUGGUGAUAAGCUCUUUACCUUUUUGAAGAGCAGGAACUGCUUGCUGCUUCUAGAUGACAUUUGGGAACACCUAGAUCUUCAACUGUUGGGUAUGGCACACUCGGCUACUACUGAAAGAGGCCAGCAGCAGCAGCCACGCAAAACCGUGGUGUUCACAACCCGUAGCGAGGCAGUAUGUGUACAAAUGAAAGCAGAAAAGAAGAUCAAAGUCAAAUGCCUGGAUCCAGUUCAAGCAUGGCGGCUCUUUGAGGAGAACAGCGAGAAGGAUGUUCUCAACUCAGAUGCUGGAAUUAAGUUCGUUGCUGAAAAACUUGCUAAAGAAUGUGCAGGUCUUCCGCUCGCUCUUAUCACCAUCGCCCGGGCCAUGUCAGGGAAAAAGUCUUGGGAAGCUUGGGAUGCCGCUCUCCGUCAAAUAAGGGAUGAACAUCAGUGGAAAACCGUAUGUCUUCCUGAAGAUUCAGUCGUCAUGUAUAAAGCCUUCAAGAUGAGCUACGACAGUUUAGAGAAUGCCUCUUAUGCUGCGCUUUGUGGCCUGAAGAUUAUGAUAUCUAUAAAUUCUAUGAUUUGAUACCAUGUUGGAUAGGUUGUGGCAUAAUACGUGAAUUUAAUGUGAUCAAUGAAGCUUUCGCCAAAGGAUGCUCUCAUUUGGAAGCUCUCAUGGCGGCAUCCUUGCUAGAGCAAUCUAGUGUCAUAGAGUUUCCUUAUAGGGACA